AUGACCCAGUUGCUCUUUAAGAUAGUGUUAGACCUCACUUUUAUUGUGGGACAGUACUACUUAUACGGGUUUGUCAUGAAAUCCUUCUUCCAAUGUUAACAAGAGCCCUGUUCCAAACUUGUCCCGUCCUACGGAGAAGACCAUUUUCAUAAUCUUCAUGCUUGUUGUGGCCUGUGUGUCUCUGCUUUUGAAUGUGAUCGAGGUGUUUUAUUUGAUUUGCACCAGAGCAAAAUGUGGAGCCAAGAAACAGUACCCACUGCAUUUUAACUCAGCUGAGAACCCAGCCACCCUCUACAAUCCAGCAUCAGCAUGGCAAGGUAACCUGGAUGAACAUAAAGAUCGCUCACCCACCCCUUCACAGAGUCCAGAGGGAAGCUGAACUGUUGGAGGAAGAGAAAAACACUUGUUAGGCUUCCAAUAGAUUUCACUUGAUUAUAUUCUGCUCUGUGAGGUGACAUACUGUCCCGAGUGGCGCAGUAGUCUAAGGCACUGCAUCGCAGUGCUAGCUGUGCCACUAGAGAUCCUGGUUUGAAUCCAGGCUCUGCGAACGGGAGACCCAUAGGGCGGCGCACAAUUGGCCCAGCGUCGUCCAGGGUAGGGGAGGGAAUGGCCGGCAGGGAUGUAGCUCAGUUGGUGGAGCAUGGUGUUUGCAACGCCAGGGUUGUGGGUUUGAUUCCCACGGGGGGCCAGUAUGAAAAAAAUAAUAAUAAUGUAUGCACUAACUGUAAGUCGCUCUGGAUAAGAGUGUCUGCUAAAUGACUAAAAUGUAAUGUAAUGGGUGGCCUACAAGUAAUAUAAAAAGUGUAAAGUUACAUUCCAGUGUAUUGAGUAUGUGUUUGUUAAAUAAUUUGCAUUAGCCUACCUUGUAACUGAAUGUUGUUCAUAUUACAGUUUGUUUCUAUGCUGACACUGCGAUGACAAAUGUUUGGCAGGCUUUGUAUGCUCUGUUGAAAAUAAAAAAGGACUGUGAAAGGAAAUUAGAAAAACACCUCACAGCCGCACAUUCCCAGACCAUACACUAGAUGGAAGCAUAAACUUGGUGAUUGAAAUCAUGUGAACAGCAGGGCUGAUCUGCAGUAUAGGCUAUUGUCUUAUCUAUAGCUCUAGAUCUAUGUACAUAAACACAUGCAAUAGAAGUUACCUUUGAUGUCAAAGUUCCAUAUUAUCAGUACAACAACAAAUCGUUAGACUUCUUGAUUAAUUACUCUCAUCUUGCUUAAUGUUUGACACUUUUGGUCCGUGUCAUUACCAGUGGUGUAAAGUACUUAAGUAAAACUACUUUAAAGUACUACUUAAGUAGUUUAUUGGGGUAUCUGUACUUUAUUUUACUAUUAAUAUUUUUGACAACUUUUACUUUUACUUCACUACAUUCCUAAAGAAAAUAAUGUACUUUUUACUCCAUACAUUUCCCUGACACCCAAAAGUACUUGUUACAUUUUGACAGGAAAAAUGCUCCAAUUCACACACUUAUCAAGAGAACAUCCCUGGUCAUCCCUACUGCCUCUGAUCUGGCAGACUCAUUAAACACAAAUGCUUAGUUUGUAAAAUUGUGCCAUCUGGUUUGUUUAACAUAAGGAAUUUGAAAUGAUUUAUACUUUUACUUUUGAUACUUAAGUACAUUUGAGCAAUUCCAUUUACUUUUGAUACUUAAGUAUAUUUAAAACUAAAUACUUUUAGACUUUUACUCAAUUAGUAUUUUAUUGGGUGACUUUCACUUUUACUUGAGUUAUUUUCUAUCAAGGUAUUUUUACUUUUACUCAAGUAUGACAAUUGAGUACUUGUUCCACCACUGGUCAUUACAGAUAAGAAAAGGUGAAUACAUGAUUAUCAAACAUGUUUAGCAACUAUCUGUGGGCUUUGAUCUACAUGCGAUGAAUAUUAAUUAUCUUAACCAAUUAAAACAUAGCCUACUCCACAACUAGGUUACUGGUUUACAGGUUUGCCCACAGGACCUAAUACAGAACGCUUUAGUAUAGGCUGUAGACUUGAUCUUGGUAAAGUUUACAAUUCAUACUGCUCUGAAAAAGAUGGUAUUAAUCUUUGUUAUAAAAAAAAACACGUUCAUUUUUCUAUUACACAAUUACAUUUCAGUAGAAGAAAAGUACAGAAACCGAGCGCAAGGAUGUCUAAGUCUUGACGUAGGGGUCAGGUGACUCCAAACUUUUCUCUCCAUCGUUUAUUUUUUUUCUCUCCCCCCAGCCCGUAUGUGGACUGUUAUAAGCAAGGAAAGUUUGACAAGUCAGUCUCAGUUUCUCCGUGGUCCCAAACUUGGAUUUCAAGAAAGCGGUGACUGUUUUCAAGAAGUGACGGAGAAAGUCCUUAAGGGCUCUCUUCUGACUUCUCAAUAACUUUCCAGGUAAGCUUUGCGCUAUAUCAACAGCCAUUAUUGACCUGAAGAAGUAAAAACUCGUAUUUAUAUAUAUAUUUAUCACUGUCAGAAGUUAUGCGGAGAAACCAAUUUGCGCUCAGAAUCCAGACACACUGUGCCAAUCCAGAAGCAUUGUAUUUCUAUAGGCUAUCCGCUAUAGUAUGGUCCAUAAUACAUCCUUUAUAAAACGUUUUAUUUUUUCUGGGUUUACCAAGGAAAAGUUUAAAUGAUCCAUCUGUUUCUUUUGCUGUUUUAUUUUUCCAAUUUGGUGUGACUAGUGCUUUUAAGAUAAACGAGUAAUCUGAGGCAAAUGACUCAAAGCAGCAUGUGAUGAAUAAUUAUUACAAGAUUUAUAGAGGACUUUAACUGAACUGUUUAUAAGUUGUGACCUGGGGAUUGAUUUGUUUUAAAACAAACUAAAUCGUAACCAAGCAUAUUGAUAUGUUUCAUUGAUAUGUAUCUUUAGCUUUAUAGAAAUCCUUCAUGAAAUAUGAUCAAAUUGGGCUACUCAGAUUUUUAAAGGUCUUCCUUGCAUCUGGAGAGCACAGUUUAAAUCCUCUUCCAAUGUAAAGAAAUCUUGAAGUUGAGCUGAUGUGCUUACAACCGUAUAAAUUGUGUGAUUCACCCAACUUCUACUUUCAUUGUUGUAAUAACAUCAUUACAAGAUCAGAGCUCUCAGGGGGAUGAUGGCAUCAGUGGGUUUCUUACUCUAGAUCAGCAUUGUCUACAAAUACGUUUUUUUUCUUCAAGUUUCCAAACGGUUCUGUGAUAUUAAAUAGGCCUAUAAAUGACCCAGUGAAAUUGAUGCAACUAUUUGUCAAUGAAUUUUAUUUUAAAGGUUUUUAUCAUGGUACCAUCAUUGUUGAGUAAGAAGCAGUCCUUGGUUAUUUUCCGCUAUACUGCGGUCCUCUUGUACAGUAGCCUAUGCAGUAUAUUAUUAGCUAAGUGAAGCCAUGCUGUUGGUACACCCUCCAACAGAUGGCUUCUACUGAUCCAAGUUUGUUUAUUGUGCACUCAUUGCAGGGACAUUAUUGGUUUACUGGCAUUAUUCAGAAUCUUUAUUCAGAUGGUAUUCAUGUUUACAAACUUGAUUCCCAUAUGACAUGCAGUGUGAGUUUAUUAUCUGUGAGAAUUGGGUCUUUGUAGCGGAGCUAGGCAGGUCACUAAUAAGCCUACAAUGAACAGGGGCCCUGUGUUGUAGACUCAGAGGCUCAGAGAGAGCGUGUUCCAGACACUCCCCAGUCUGAGGCUUGAACUGAGAGCAGAGAGCUACAGUAUCGUGCCUUAGUGCGGUGUCCUUUACCUUCAUAGGCUGUAUAGGUAGAGUUUCUACCAGCUUUUGGGAAUGAUAUUUACUGAGGAUGAUAGUUAAUGAGGAUAAAAAUGAUAUAUCUAUUAUGAAGAUCGUAUAGUUAUUAUCUCAGCGUCAUGUGUUAUGUGAAGAACAGUAACUGUGUCUAACACUGCAUGACAUUUCUUUGAGACUGGGGGGUAUUUGCAUAGCAUUCCUUAAAUUACACAGUACAAUACAAUUUAACAUUGACAAAUGCUUACAUACACGCUAUUUGACAUCUUUUAAUUUGGUCGGCAUCUCUUAUUUCUACGUUCUUUCAUGUUUAUUACAGUUGUUAACAAACAAUGGUUUGAUGAGGAACAGGUGCACGUUUUCAUACCCAGCCGAUGAAGGGGAAACAAAUGUUUGCGCUUGUGUUUCACCAACCUGGACCCUAUCAUCUACCAUUACACUAUUCACUUACUCAGUAUUUUAAGAAGUGCCAUCAACACUGGUAGGACCACACAAUGUGAUUCUCCUCUCAUCACUUUCAAUAGGAAGACAAUAGCCUUCAAAUUCACUCUCUGGAUUGAAGAUUCAUUAAGCAUAAUGCAAGGUAGUAGUUGACAUUGGUCUUGUUCAGCCUUUUCCAGCAAUUGCAUUUGUUCUGUGCGUCACUACAGCCAUCACACGAUUCCUAGUCAUUACACUUUUUCCUCAAACAUUGAGAUGUGUUUGAUUCGAUUCACAAAUGUAACUUGAGAUAUAGUGAUAUAUACUGUAAACAUGUUUACUGUAUAUAGGAAUGUUUAAAAAAAAAGUUAUUGCAUUUAAUGAACACUUACAAUAUCUUCAUUAUUUUCUGUCUAAUUGCAGCUAAAACUCCAUCAUGGGCGACUGGAGUGCUUUGGGGAGGCUCCUGGACAAGGUUCAGGCUUACUCCACGGCUGGAGGGAAGGUGUGGCUCUCUGUCCUCUUCAUCUUCAGGAUCCUGGUGCUGGGGACAGCUGUGGAGUCUGCCUGGGGGGACGAGCAGUCCGCCUUCAAGUGCAACACCCAGCAACCUGGUUGUGAGAACGUGUGUUACGACAAAUCCUUUCCUAUAUCACAUGUAAGGUUCUGGGUGCUACAGAUUAUCUUUGUCUCGACACCGACUCUUCUCUACCUUGCCCAUGUCUUCUACCUGUUGAGAAUAGAGCAGAAGAUUAACCGCAAAGAGGAAGGGCUGAAAAACAUCCAGAACGAUGGAGGCGACGUGGACGUACCUCUGAAGAAGAUUGAGUUAAAAAAGCUCAAGCAUGGGCUGGAAGAGCAUGGAAAGGUUAAGAUGAAGGGAGCCCUCUUGAGAACCUACAUCGUCAGCAUUUUUUUCAAGUCCAUCUUUGAGGUGGGCUUCCUGGUCAUACAGUGGUACAUUUAUGGCUUCAGCUUGGCUGCUGUCUACACCUGUGAGAGGUCCCCCUGCCCCCACAGAGUGGAUUGUUUCCUCUCCAGGCCCACUGAGAAAACCGUCUUCAUUAUCUUUAUGCUGGUGGUCUCUCUGGUCUCCUUGGUUCUGAAUGUUAUUGAGCUAUUCUACGUGACAUUCAAGAGGAUCAAAGACCGUGUGAAGGGGAAACAACCGCCCGUCCACUACCCUGGCACGGGGACAUUAAGCCACACUCCCAAGGAUCUGUCCACCACUAAGUAUGCCUACUAUAAUGGCUGUUCCUCUCCCACUGCUCCCCUGUCCCCAAUGUCACCCCCGGGGUACAAGCUGGCCACUGGGGAGAGAACCAACUCCGUUCGCAACUACAACAAGCAAGCCAACGAGCAAAACUGGGCCAACUACAGCACGGAGCAGAACCGCCUGGGCCAUAAUGGCAGCACCAUCUCCAACUCCCAUGCACAGGCCUUUGACUUCCCUGACGACACCCAGGAGAGUAAGAAACUGACCCCGGGGCACGAGCUGCAGCCGUUGGCCCUGAUGGAUCCCAGGCCCUGCAGUCGAGCCAGCAGUCGCAUGAGCAGUCGGCCAAGGCCAGACGAUCUAGAUGUCUAG